UUGCAGUACAUUUCAUUGGCUUGACUACUCCAGGGCACGGACCCCAGUCGGGUAACAGGAGGGUCAUUUGUUGUCUAAGAAUGAUAUGAAACCCUAGGUUUCCUUAAAAUUGGCUUUUGUAAUUUAUUUUUAAAGCACUGAGUUCUGGGAACCAUGUGAUUGAGUUUUCUCUCUAUAAACAUCAGAGGUUUGUUUUCACAGCAAUCAUUGGGCAUCAGCAUGACCACUUCUCAGUUGCUGGCUUAUGUGGCAAUUUCCUCUCUCUGCAUCUUCAAAGUCAACGCCAUGGAUACUUUUAUUGCAGCUGUUUAUGAGCAUGCAGUGAUAUUGCCCAAUACCACCCUAAAACCAGUGUCCAGUGAAGAGGCAUUGGCAUUAAUGAACCGAAAUCUGGAUGUUUUGGAGGGAGCUGUCACAUCAGCAGCAAAGCAGGAUGCCCAUAUUAUUGUGACUCCAGAAGAUGGUAUUUAUGGCUGGGGCUUCACCAGGGAAGCUAUCUACCCAUACUUGGAGGAUAUCCCAGACCCUCAAGUGAACUGGAUUCCAUGUAAUGAUCCCAGAAGAUUUGGCCACACCCCAGUACAAGAAAGACUCAGCUGCAUAGCCAAGAGCAAUUCUAUCUACGUUGUGGCAAAUAUUGGGGACAAGAAGCCAUGCAACACCAGUGACUCUCAGUGCCCCAGUGAUGGCCGGUACCAAUACAACACUAAUGUGGUGUUUGAUUCUGAAGGGAAAUUGGUGGCACGCUAUCAUAAGCAAAAUCUUUUCAUGGGUGAAGAUCAGUUCAAUUCACCCAGGAAGCCUGAGGUCGUGACUUUCAACACCACCUUUGGGAAGUUUGGAAUUUUCACGUGCUUUGAUAUACUCUUCCAUGACCCUGCUGUGACCCUGGUGAAAGAUUUCCACGUGGACACCAUCCUCUUCCCGACAGCUUGGAUGAAUGUUUUGCCACAUUUAUCAGCGGUUGAAUUCCACUCAGCUUGGGCUAUGGGCAUGGGUGUCAAUUUCCUGGCAGCUAAUUUGCACCAUCCCUCGGUGAAAAUGACAGGUAUGUGUGAGUUCUCAGAUUUAUGUUGUUGUUAUGUGCAGUCAGAUCCUUUCUGACUCAUAGCGACCCUAUAUGCAACAGACCUAAACACUGCCUGGUACUGUGCCAUUCUCACAUUCUUUGCUGUGCUGUAGCCCUUUGUUGCAGCCACUGUGUCAAUUCAUCUUAUUGAG